UAUGUACGAGAUUAUCAAAGGUACUCAAUACUAUCUUUAUUGUUUUUACUGUCCAGUUGCUUGUAUAAGAUCCUCAAAUUAGCUUGAAAAUAGCUCUGUGAGCGACCAGUUUUUCUAUCAAUUAUUUGUUUCUCAAAUACUAAUUUUUGUAGAAAAUAAUGAUGAAAACUCAGAUAUUCAAGUUGACGAGGAUGAUACAAUUAUUGGGUUAAGCACUCCGAUUGAAGAGCCUCCAGUAACACAAGCUUAUCCUCCAACUCAUCAUCAUGGAGAGACAAUUGAGUGUAGGUCAGUAAAAGAAAAUUCAAAACCAGAAAUAUUUAAGCAAGGCCCAGGGAAUUUUACAAUUUCUUCUGAAAGAGGAGCUGAUUUUCAAGACUAUCAGUUGAUCUUAUCUGGGGAGACUUUAGUCUCUCCUCACCAGGAUACUGAAAAUGAGAUUUAUGAGGUACAUCUCCCUCAAGAAGACUCAAAUAAGUCUCCGAUUAUAAUAGAUGAAAAGACUGGAGACCAAGUCUCAAUUCUUCCAAAUGAAGAAGAGCCAACAGAAGCAGAAAUCAAAUCUGAGACUUUCAGCACUCCAGAUACUCAUAAUUUUGAUUUCACAUUAGAGAGUGAACCUCAGGUUAACUAUAAUAAUGACUGGAAUAAUACAUCUACUGAGGGACUUCCAGACACUGAAGUGCACGAUGUAAAGAUGGCAAUGGGACAUUUACAUUUUGGGAAUAAAACUUAUGACUACUUCGAUCCUUCUCUUCCUCAUGAUGAGUCUGUCCAUGAGCAGAAUCAUUCUAAAGUAGCAUAUGUUGUUAUCGGUGUCUUUGCCAUACUCUUUAUCAUAGCUUUAGUCUGGAGUAUUCGCAAAAUCUAUAGCUGAAUGGUUUCAUCAGAGGAAUACUCAAAGUUCCUGGAUGACCGAAGCGGAAGAUCUGAUAGCAUUUCAAGUCAAGGAAGAUACAAUAAUGACCCCAAGCUACAAGAGAUUAGAAGAAGAGAGCUACAGAAACUUGAUGAUGAACUCAAGGGCGAACUCGACCCAGUCCAGUUCUACAAGAAGCAAGUUGAAGGAUCAACUAAGCCAGAGGAGAGUAAGAGAGAAGUCAAAAAACUUAAUCUUGGUAAUGAAGUCGUUUAUCUGUAGAUUUUCACAGUCAAGAAGAAGAUAGCUUAAGAGUAAAUAGUGAAUGAUAAUCUAGCGAUAGUACGAUAUUUAGAAAAUUUCA